UUAUUUAAAAAGUGAACACUAUUGCUCUUAUUUGGAAUAAUUUGGAAUAAGAUUUGUAACUCUUACCAUACAUAUGGAAUCAAGUACGAAAGAUCAAUGUGAAAGUAUUGAAAAUGGUGGUAUUGGUAAAAAUCGGAAAAGAAAUGAAAAACCACCUUUGUGGGAUUCUUUCCAAGAUCCCCCAUCUAAACGAUCUACAGGAUCAGCAACAAAUUGGGGAAAGCUCAAUAUUUUUUUAAAAAUAUUUAAGGCGUUUACUUACGUAUUCGUUUUUUUUACCAUAAUUAUAACAACAAUUAUAUCCAAGUUAUCAUUUAUGUUGAUGGUUGCGCAGAUACAAAACCGACGUCUGAAGUAUUGCGUUGUUCAAGAUAUGGUAAAUUCUUUGACUCUGCAAUUGCCGAAAGAAGAACAAAUAGCUUGGGUGUGGGCAAUAAUUAUUUCUUUCUCUGUUCCGGAAAUUUUUACAUUCUUUCGAUCUUUGCGAAUUUUUAUAUUUAAAUACGUUAAGACGCCAACACGACUGGAAGUACUUUUGGUGUGUUUAUUCGAAAUACUUCAUGUGAUUGGACUCGCUUUAUUUACUUUCUUAGUAUUACCUAAUCUGGACUCAAUUAGAGGCUUAAUGCUUUCCAACUGUGUUUGCUUUAUACCUAUUUUAUUAUUUGUUUUCAGCAAAGUCACACUAAAUUGGAGCUCAAUCAUUGGUUUCUGCACUGGCAUUUUAGCUCUUGUAUUCCAGGCGACCUCAUUUGUUGUUUGGCCGGCUAUGUCUAAAUUAAUUAGUAUACAAAUUUUAAUAGUGCCAUUAAUAUUAAUAUCUUGCCGUUGGUGGGAAAACUAUACCUACUUAAAUUCCGGCAUUGCGCAUUUUAUAAAAACCAUGCGGAAAACAAAGUCAAGAUAUCAAACAUACCUGUUUCUUUCACCAAUAAAAAUUGUACUGUUCUCAAUUGUUGGAUUCGCCUUACAUGGAUAUCGUUUUCCAGAAUAUUUGUCAAAUUUCUCGUAUGCAUGGAAGACACAUCAUUUCAGAAUUGAAAACGUAUCUAUAGAAUUAUCAUCAUUUUCUGGUUUUAAUGUUGAGUCCAAUUCAAGUGCUUUGUUUUACGUUUUAUUUCUACAAAUUGUUUCUUCAUAUUUAUGCUAUAUUUUUGCGAAAUUCGCUUGCAAAAUUAAAAUUCAGAAAUUUAGCUUUUCUUUGCCCUUUAGUUUGAUUGAUCCUAUAUCUGUGGCCAUUAUUAUAUUACUGACAUUUUGGCGAGAUUCAAAUGUUUGUGUAUUUCAUAACUAUGUACCUGAUUAUUUGAGCUUUAAUUCACUUUCUUCGAAAAAUAUAUUAAGUAGUUUGACAAACGAUUAUCUUUGGUUGUGGGUGUUAUGGUGGUUAUCCCAACUUUGGGUUACAGCUCAUAUUUGGUAUCCAAAAAACGAUAAAAACUCACCAACUGAAAAGUUGUUCGUUUGUCCGUGGUAUUGUCCAUUCUUGAUUGCUCAAUGUAUUACGAUGAAUCGACGCAUUAUUGACUGGAGCGAAGAAUACAUAGGCAGUAAAAAUUUACCAAAUCAUAAAGAUGCAGAUCCUACAUCUGAUGUAUUGGAAAGUGAUAAAAUUCCGCAAUUAAUUAUAUGCGCUACUAUGUGGCACGAAACUUUAGAUGAGAUGAUGGAGUUUUUGAAAUCAAUUGUUCGUUUAGACGAAGAUCAAUGCGCACGGCGAAUGGCAAAAAUUCAUAUUAAUGGUGGAAAACCUGAUGAUGAAUACUAUGAAUUGGAAACAAAUAUUUUCUUUGACGACGCAUUUAUUUUGGAUGAAGACUUGUGCGAAAAUUUGAAAAAUCCUCCGAUAAAUGACUAUGUUAAAAUACUUGUAACAAGUAUAGAGAAAGCUGCAUUUGAAAUUUAUGGGGUAUUUAUGAAAAUAAAGGCUCCAAUAAAAACUGAAACACCUUAUGGAGGACGUUUGGUGUGGACCUUACCCGGCCGCUCUAAACUGAUCGCACAUUUAAAAAAUAAAGAUAAAAUUCGACACAAGAAGCGUUGGUCUCAGGUUAUGUACAUGUAUUAUUUGCUAGGAUUUCGAAUCAUGGAAUUGGAAAAUUUAUCACCACGGCGUAAAACAAUCAUCGCAGAAAAUACAUUUUUAUUAGCACUUGAUGGAGAUAUAGAUUUUCAGCCCAAAGCCGUACAGUUACUAUUAGACAGAAUGAAGGCUAUUGAAGAACUUGGUGCAGCAUGUGGUCGUAUUCAUCCUGUUGGCAGAGGUCCAAUGGUUUGGUAUCAGAUAUUUGAAUAUGCAAUCGGCCAUUGGUUACAAAAAGCUACCGAACACGUCAUUGGUUGUGUUUUGUGUAGCCCAGGUUGCUUUAGUUUAUUUCGAGGUAGUGCGCUUAUGGAAAAUAGUGUCAUGAAAAAAUAUACUACAAUUUCCACUGAACCUAUGCAUUACAUACAAUAUGAUCAAGGCGAAGAUCGAUGGCUAUGUACUUUAAUUCUUAAGCAGGGAUUACGUGUUGAAUACUCUGCAGCAUCUGACGCAUACACACAUUCACCAGAAAUAUUUAACGAGUUCUAUAAUCAACGUCGUCGCUGGGUACCUUCCACAAUUGCCAACAUAUUUGAUUUGCUUUCCGAUGCGGAUAUGGUAGUUAAAAAUAAUAGCUCCAUAUCAACGCCUUACAUUAUAUAUCAAGCCAUGUUAAUGGUGGGCACAAUUUUAGGACCAGGAACUAUUUUUCUUAUGAUGGUUGGUGCUGUUGUUACUGUUUUUAGCAUUGAUAUAUGGACAGCGUUUCUUUGGAAUUUCAUACCUCUUCUAUGUUUUAUAUUAUCUUGUAUUUAUCUCAAACAACAGUUUCAGUUACUAUUGGCUUUUGUAAUUAGUUCAAUGUAUUGCUUGGUGAUGAUGGCCGUUUUAAUCGGAAUUAUUAUUCAAAUGAUCGAUGAUGGACCCUUUGCUCCUGCCUCUCUGUUUUUUCUCUUAGUGUUUUUACAAAUAUUUAUUGCUGGCCUCGUCCAUCCUCAAGAAAGUGCUGCCCUAAUAUGUGGUUUUAUAUAUUAUAUAACUAUACCUUCAAUGUAUAUGCUGCUUUUAAUAUAUUCUGUGUUCAAUAUGAAUGACGUUUCGUGGGGUACACGAGAGGUGGCGGUUAAAAAGGUGACUGAUAAUAACGAAAAUGCAGAAGAGAAUAUUGAAAGUAAAAACUAUUUACCCGGUUGGAUAAAUGAUCAACUUUUAGUAAAUUCUGAGUUGGGUGAAAUAUCAUUGAAGGAAAAGCGAUUUUGGAAGGAUCUAAUUAAGCAGUAUUUGAAACCGAUGUUUCACACAAAAGAAAAGAAAGCGGAAAUCGCAGAAAGUUUACAGAAUUUGCGUAAUAUGUUUGCCUUUGCUUUCGUUAUGAUUAAUUCGAUAUUUGUGUUAGUGGUAUUUCUUCUUCAGUUAAAAAAAGACUAUUUACACUUAGAAUGGCCACUGGAUCCGACAGAUUACAUUACAUAUGACGACGAUAACUCACAGAUUUACAUAUAUCGCUCUCAUAAGGAAUUAGAUCCAAUAGGCCUGUGUUUCGUAGUCUUUUUUGGUUUAAUCUUAAUAAUACAGUUUAUUGCUAUGUUCUUUCAUCGAUUUGCAACUAUUUCCCAGUUACUAGCAACUACAUCCCUGGAUUUCUUUGGCAGAUCAAGCACAAUAACUGAUGAAGAUGCUGCUCAAGAAAUAAAAGGUAAUGCAAUAAAUAUAGCUCGUCAGCUUCAACGACCAAAACGCUUAGAUGAAUACAACGAAGAAAAAAAUUAUGAUAAUGUACAGGAUGGAGAAGAGAGUGAAUAUACACCUAAACGACAGACCAUAUUUAAAUUACAUGAAAAUAGGGAUAAAAAUCAACUGGAUUACAGUGAUUUGCCAAGGAACUUUGAACGUCGGUUUUUAGGGGAAGAUGAUAUCAAAGCUAAUCAGAUUUCUAUGAGCAGAAAAUCUUUAAUGAUGUUGAAUGAGACCAGACAUAAUGCUAAGAGGCGUCUGACUCAGCAACUGCGACGUAAUACAGAGAUAAAUGAAAAUUCAACACUAACUUAUCAACACCCCUCAUAUGAUUUGAAAAUUUUAUAAGAUUUUUUAUAUAUGAAAUAUUAAUAAAUACACUU